UGAAUACAAAUGAGUGCGGGGGGUGUGAAGACCUGGAACUUGAAAUUUUGGCCCCUAAAAAAUUAUAUCGCGGGGAUCUCGAAGGUGUUGAAAAAUGGAAAGAAAUAGCAUCAGCAGUUUUAACCACUAAAGAUUCUAUUAUCAAAGAAUCUUCACAAAAAUUUCUUCGUCAACCUACUAUCGAAGAAAUUAUACAAACGGAUUAA